ACUCUGUAAAGUGAAAAAUGUAGGCCUGCAGACACUGAACAACAGUGAUGUGUCUUCCAGGAAUGAUGGGAUGUGUCAGCUAGGGCCAUGUAAAUAAAAGGGAGAAAUGAGUCAAGUGGUUGGGCCAUUGUGUCUUGAAGGAGAAGAGCAGGAAAGAACUUGAGAACUGUGCAAUAAUAGGUUUAUUACCUUCUGAGUCACCUGCCUCCUGGCAGGUGGAUAGGUUAAAAAUGUGCUUAUAUUUGAGAUGUUAUUUUGUAACUUAAUUCUUCAUUUGGCCCUUUAAUACGUCCAUGAAAGAAGUCAGCAGAUUGUGCACUGUUCUGUGUACUGCAUCAGUUUUGUAGAGUGCUCUGAGUUUGUGCCUUGAAAAACCAUUAGGUGUCAAAAUUUCAAUAUCACAAAGAACCUUUGUACCUUAAAGCAACUAUUUUAUAUUUCCUUCUCUAAAGGAUAAGCACUUAAUGAUAAUAAAUUUUGUUCCUCUAUGUUAUUUGUGCUGUUAAAAAUGGUGUACUCUUAGAACAAGGUCAAAGUGGCAAAGUACGGUGUUACGAAGAAAAACAAGUGUGGGGAGAUCUUUGUAUUUUCUGCUUAUUUUGAUGAAUAUGGAGGAAUAAUGCUCCCAGAUCUGGCUUGACUGAAAGUGGAAUUUCAUUGACCAACUUCUAUGUCCUUCUCAAACCAGUGGUAAUCAAAGCUUAUUUGAAGGGGAAUCUCCUGUACCAAACUGAACUGCAGAAAGAAUCCUGCGCCCUUCUCUGCAAAACAGAUGAUUCCUGGGAGCUGCUUCUCUGUGCAGUAGAAAGACUUGCCUAUGCUUCAAAAUGAAAGUGAGGAAGAAGAAUCCCUGAAAGUAUUAAUUUGAACAAAAAUUAUUGCUUUUACUAAUUUCACUGACUGCCGGAACAGUGGAAUUAGAUGUCAACCUCCAACCUCCAUGAUGCAGUUGUGUUUCCUUCCUUCUGUCAGGGACAGGAACUGUUGGAAGGAUACCAUCUGUUCCUGAUGACUUCUUAUAUCAAUUUUGUGGAUUUUUGAUUGUCUGAUCUGCUAACACUGUUGUUUGAGACAGACCAACACUGCCUCUGAUGAAGAAGAUACCUGAUUUAAUAUAAAUGAAGAAUGAUGCAAUAUUAAUGCUUUCUAUGUACAGCCUUAUAAGAAUCUUCUUUAAGGAGUUGCAGUAAGACAAACACUGAAAAUAAUUUUUCUCUGGUACAAUGUGUUGAAGCAGAGGAGCUGGAAUUGUCCACCUUUGUACAAGCUAAGAAAAUGUUUGCUAUUUUGUGAGUGGAAGCAGCUCUGGAGUGAAUUGAACUUCUGAAAAUGCGGCCAUGGACUGGUUCCUGGCGUUGGAUUAUGCUCAUCCUCUUUGCCUGGGGAACUUUGCUGUUCUAUAUUGGUGGGCACCUGGUACGAGAUAGCGAGCACCCGGAUCACUCCAGUCGGGAGCUGUCCAAGAUCCUUGCUAAGCUGGAACGGUUAAAGCAGCAAAAUGAAGACUUAAGGCGCAUGGCAGAAUCUCUCAGGAUACCAGAUGGUCCCAUUGAUCAGGGACCAGCUGCAGGAAAGGUACAUGCUUUAGAGGAGCAACUUCUAAAGGCCAAAGAACAGAUAGAAAACUAUAAGAAGCAGACAGGAGAUGUAGAAGGCCUUGGAAAAGACCACGAAAUACUGAGAAGGAGGAUUGAAAAUGGGGCUAAGGAACUUUGGUUUUUCCUCCAGAGUGAACUGAAGAAGUUAAAAAAUCUAGAAGGAAGUGAGCUGCAAACACGCAUUGAUGAAUUUCUGUCUGAUUUGGGUCAUCAGGAAAGGUCAAUAAUGACCGACUUGUACUACCUCAGUCAAACAGAUGGAGCUGGAGAUUGGCGAGAAAAAGAGGCCAAAGAUCUAACAGAUUUGGUACAGAGAAGAAUAACUUAUUUGCAGAACCCGAAAGAUUGCAGCAAAGCUAAGAAACUUGUGUGUAACAUCAACAAAGGCUGUGGCUAUGGCUGCCAGCUUCACCACGUGGUGUACUGCUUCAUGAUCGCGUACGGCACGCAGCGCACGCUCAUCCUGGAGUCGCAGAACUGGCGCUACGCCACGGGCGGCUGGGAGACCGUGUUCCGGCCCGUCAGCGAGACCUGCACCGACAGGGCGGGCUCCACCACCGGCCACUGGUCAGGUGAGGCUAAUGAUAAGGAUGUUCAGGUGGUGGAACUUCCCAUUGUUGACAGCUUACACCCACGGCCACCCUAUUUGCCCUUGGCUGUCCCUGAAGACUUGGCUGAUAGACUAAUUCGUGUACAUGGGGAUCCUGCAGUGUGGUGGGUCUCACAGUUUGUGAAAUACUUGAUUCGUCCGCAGCCUUGGCUAGAAAAAGAAAUAGAGGAAGCCACAAGGAAACUUGGUUUCAAACAUCCAGUGAUCGGUGUUCAUGUCCGAAGGACAGACAAAGUGGGGACCGAGGCAGCGUUUCACCCCAUUGAAGAGUACAUGGUACACGUGGAAGAGCGCUUUGAGCUUCUUGCUCGCAGGAUGCAUGUUGAUAAAAAAAGAGUGUAUUUGGCUACAGAUGACCCUUCCUUGUUGCAAGAGGCAAAAUCCAAGUAUCCAAAUUAUGAAUUUAUCAGUGAUAACUCCAUAUCCUGGUCAGCAGGACUCCAUAACCGAUACACUGAAAACUCCCUAAGAGGUGUCAUUCUGGACAUUCACUUCUUGUCUCAGGCAGACUUCCUGGUCUGUACAUUUUCAUCCCAGGUUUGUCGAGUUGCCUAUGAAAUUAUGCAGACGCUGCAUCCAGAUGCUUCGGCGUAUUUCCAUUCUUUGGAUGAUAUCUACUACUUUGGGGGACAGAAUGCUCACAACCAGAUUGCUAUUUAUGCUCAUCAUCCACGAACUGCUGAUGAAAUUCCUAUGGAACCUGGAGAUAUAAUUGGAGUAGCUGGAAACCACUGGGAUGGUUAUUCAAAAGGCAUCAAUAGGAAAUUAGGAAGAACAGGCCUGUACCCUUCCUAUAAAGUUAAGGAGAAAAUUGAGACAGUCAAGUAUCCUACAUACCCAGAGGCUGACAAGUAGAUUAAAAGGAAGACAUUCAGCAAUUAUUAUAAGAAAACUCAGUUUUGAUUGGUUCAAACCAGUCAACAACACACUAACUAUUGGUUUCUAUGGGAUUCGAAUUUGCAUUUUAUCAUGCGGUUAAAAUCAAAGCCUUUGCAAUGAAACUGGACAAGAAGCUGAGAACAAGUGGAUGAGCUAUUGUCUGAACUUACUCUUAAACAUUUUUGUUAUAUGCACUCUCACACAUGCACACACAAACCCACGUACAACAGGAAAACUGUUGUUUUAUACUUCUUGUCUCUUUGCAGGAGUUGUCCCGGUCAUUAGUCUUACGUGAGCUCUGGGCUCUUUUCUCUGCCAUUAAUUGACAAUAAUGUUCAGACUUAAAACACUGCCACAUUGUGUAAUUUGAGUGACAUGAACAUAUUUUGUAUGUGCAAAAUUUGAAACAUGGUGCCUAUAUUUGAAAAGUUUGUGACCUUUUUAGAAGAGCCAUGCCUGUUUCACAAUGGGCAAGAGUCCACUUUCAUCUGGUGUUACCGUGACCACUGAACUUGCUUCAAAGAACAGAUUCAGAUUUCAGACUAGAUUUCUUUACAAGUUUGGGGUUUUUUUUUAGCAUUCCAUUGAUUACUUCUCAUCAUUAAUAAAAUAAAGGUUACAUUCAACAA